AUUGGCCGCUUCCGAUCAUGUGACCAUAACAGAAUCAUGGCUGCCUCCGCUGCAGUUCGGUCGAGCAUGGGGCUGACUUUGAGACUUUCUCGAGUUAUACCGGACUGUAGCACCUGUCCUCUUUACAGGUUAAACACCUGUGUGGGUAACUCACAGAGAAGGGGUUCCUUGGACAGCUUCAGGACCAUAAACAGACACUUGCGGACGAGUAUAGGUCUUCACCACAGUGAGGAGGCGAGCACCAGUCCAGAGGAUCAGGAGGAUGUGGUGAAUGUGGUGUAUAUAAAUCGGUCUGGCGAGAGGAUCCCAGUUAAGGCCAAAGUGGGAGAUAAUGUCAUGUAUCUGGCUCAGAAGCAUGGCAUUGAACUAGAAGGAGCCUGUGAGGCGUCACUGGCCUGCUCAACAUGUCAGGUCUACGUGAAUGCUCCCUAUUUUGACAACCUGCCAGAACCCUUGGAGAGGGAGGAUGACAUGCUGGACAUGGCACCCGCGCUUCAGGAGAACUCCCGGCUGGGAUGCCAGAUCAUUCUCACUCCAGAGAUGGACGGCAUGGAGCUCACCCUGCCCAAAGUCACCAGGAACUUCUACGUGGACGGCCAUGUGCCCAAACCUCACUGAGAAGAGGAGCAGAUGAUGAGAGUCGGAGAAAAAUGAGAGGGUGGCGCUGCGAGCUAGACACCACGUGUGCUGGUUGAGUGAGGGGGCGACCAUGAUGAGAUGCACGGCUAGGAUAGUAAAGUCCGUAGCAACUCCCACGACUUCUUGCCAACUGACAAACUCCACAGUUAACCAAUGACAGGUCAGGCCUGCAGAUGAUAUCAGGCAGAGUCGGACGCUAUAUGAGUCUCACUGAAGGUGAAAUUAAUGGUUACUUCCAAAAAAAAACUGUGAUGGUUUGACUGACGUUGUAUUUAUUUAUGUGGAGUGUUCUCAGGCAAGCAUCAAAAUGCCAUUCAAUCUCACAAACUAUUUUUUGUUAAAACACCAGACAUUUCAAGAGACAUUUCAUGUUUGUGUUAUACAUUGCAGAACAAGUUUGAACAUAGUUCAUCUUUGUGUUGUUUAAUGGAACAUUCCUCGUUACAGCUCAUAUACGCACAAGUAUCACGAGAUGAUGUUCUUUGUCAUUUCUGCCAGUCACUCUGAUUCACUUGUCAGAUAUUGAAGGCAUAGCAUUUACUUUCAUUUUUAUGUACUAAGUUCAUUUGUAAGUGUUGUGAUGGCUUAUCAAUAAGUACCCACUGACUACAGUUAGCCCCAAUUCAUAAACUACAACAAAGUUUUCUUCUGCAUGGUACUGAAGCCAGACACAGAAGAAGAAGAAGAAGAAGACAUAUAUUAUAGUGAAGUGUUUUUGAAAGACAAAAGUUGCCUGACAGUAAAGUAAAUCUGAAUUUAGACUUUUGAAACUUAGAUUUUAUUCACAUUGCAAAACAUAUUCAGGCAAAUAAGUGUCAGAUUGAAAAUGCAUUUUAAAGCACUUCCUGUCUGAGGCUUAAUUAGUUGAUCUGAUUCAGGUGUGCUUUGAUCCAGAGCAGAAUGGAGGUGGAGACGAGUCUGUUUUGAAGCUGGUGGGCUUCAUGUUACCAUGGAAAGAGUUUACCACAGUUAUCCUUUACUUGUUAAGUCUACUGUACUUGUUCUUACGCACAAAUGUAAGUCAAUUGUGUAUAUCAUGUCUUAAAACAAUACAAAUAUUUAAAGUUGUGCAAUAAAAUCAAUUUCAAAAAGUUA